AUGAAGAGAGACCGGUCCGAUUAUGAAGAAUCCAUCGAACAUAUAGACAUAGUAAAAAGUCUUAUGAUGUUAUCUCGGAGUUUCGUGGUCAAACAAAUCGAUGUUGUAAACAAAUCUACCGGAAGCAAAACCAAAGAUAACCACUUUGAAUGCAAAACGUGUAACCGGACAUUUGAUUCGUUCCAAGCUCUCGGAGGUCAUAGAGCUAGCCACAAGAAACCUAAGCUGAGCGUUGACCAAGAACAGGUGAAGCACGGAAACAAUGGGAAUGAUAUACAUAAGUGUUCAAUCUGCAGUCAAAUGUUUGGGACCGGUCAAGCUCUAGGCGGUCACAUGAGAAAACAUAGGGCAAACAUCAUCGCCGAACAAUCAGUUCUCUCUUCUGCGGUUUAUACUAGACCGGUUUUGAAUCGAUGCAACAGCAGCAAGAAGGAUUUAUGCUUGGACUUGAAUCUAACUCCGUUGGAGAAUGAUAUUGUAUUUAUCAUUGGGAAGACUUUGGUUCCACAAAUUGAUUUGAAGUUUGUAAAUUAG